AUCAAAUUCUAUAAAUCAAAUAAAAAAUAUUCACAUUUCCGAUUUAAUUUUAUGAUUUUUCGUUAGACAUAUAAAAUUAAAAGAAGAAAACUGUCUAAUAGAGAUUGAGGAGUGAAAUAUAGGGGCAUGAGAGGAAUUGUCUUUAUAAAAUGAUACGGUUACUUACAUAACUCACCUUUCAGUUUAUUAAAAAACUACUAAGCAAACCGUACUUCACCAUCUUCUUGUGCGUUACAGACUAAACAGCGUUACACAUCUCUCUAAGUCCAAAAAAUGUGACCUCAAGAUAUAUAAAAGGUAAAAAAAAAAAAAAAAGAUAUUCCCUCUGUUCUAAAAUAAGUGAGUUUUGAGGUUUUUGCACGUUGAUUAAGAAAUUACAAAUUUUUAUUCUAUUUUUCUCGUUUACCUAAAAACAAUAAUGAUUAAAAUAAUUUCAACCAAUAAACAAUUAUACUACAGAAUAUAAAUAAUUAAAAAUAUUAAAAUGCAUUUAUUUUUUAACUAGAAACUUGAAAAUAUCACUUAAAAUAGAAUAAAAAAUUUUCUCUAAAACUCCACUUAAAGUGGGACGGAAGGAGUAUGUAAAAGGUGUUAUCGUUUAAAACCAUUGAAAUCUGAACUCAAAUCAAUAUUUUUCAAUUUUCAAAUACUUCUAGUUUUCUUUUGGAAAGCCAGUACAAAUGGAAAGUAUAACAAAAUCCUUUAUGUAAAUGGAAGUUUAUAAUUCUCAGUAAUCAGCAACUAGUUAUUGUAGUUAACGUAUUUUAGGUAAGAAUAAGUAGAGAAUAUUGUAACAACAAAAAUAUAAUUAUAAUAGUUUUCUCAUUGGCCACUUAAUACCUUUUUAACCUUUUCACAGUGUCCCAGAAACCUUCCUCUCUCUUUGAUGCAUUGUCGUCUAUAUAUACGCGUCUGCAUUUACACGUUCCCUUAAGAAAGAAACAUUGCAGAUACUCCAGAAAUGAAUUUGCAGAGAUGUUUAGUGUUAUUAUGUUGUGUUCUGUCCUUUCUGGUAACUGAAACGGCUGCAUAUCGAGAGAGACAGCUUCUGCAACCGCAUGAAACGAACAUAGACACAGAAAACGCGGCGUUGGCCGUAAGGGAACGGGGUUUGAAGACGCGGCGGCCGGAGCAUAAGAACGCAUACGCAACGAUGAUGUACAUGGGAACGCCUAGGGACUACGAGUUCUAUGUGGCGACUCGUGUCUUGAUCAGAUCGCUGAGAGAUCUUAACGUGGAAGCUGAUCUUGUCGUCAUCGCUUCUCUCGACGUCCCUCUCCGAUGGGUGGAAACCUUGGAAGAGGAAGAUGGAGCUAAAGUAGUGAGAGUUGAAAAUGUAGAUAAUCCAUACAGGAGUCAAACUAACUUCAACAGUAGAUUCAAGCUUACUCUGAACAAGCUAUACGCUUGGGCUUUGUCUGAUUACGGCCGUGUGGUCAUGCUAGAUGCCGACAACCUCUUCCUUAAGAAAACCGACGAGCUGUUCCAGUGUGGACAGUUCUGUGCGGUCUUCAUAAACCCUUGUAUCUUCCACACUGGACUCUUCGUCUUGAAACCGUCGAUGGAAGUGUUCAAGGACAUGCUGCAUGAGCUACAAGUUGGAAGAGAGAAUCGUGAUGGAGCUGAUCAAGGCUUCCUUGUCAGUUACUUCUCUGAUCUACUUGACCAGCCUCUCUUUCGUCCUCCGGUUAAUGGCUCUGUACUCGGUGGCCAUUUGCGACUUCCCUUAGGCUACCAAAUGGACGCUUCUUAUUUCUAUCUUAAACUAAGAUGGAACAUACCCUGUGGACCAAACAGUGUGAUUACAUUCCCAGGAGCCGUUUGGUUGAAGCCAUGGUACUGGUGGUCAUGGCCUGUUCUUCCAUUAGGUCUCUCAUGGCACGAGCAGCGACGCACCACCAUAGGGUACUCAGCAGAGAUGCCUUUGGUCAUAAUCCAAACAAUGUUCUACCUUGGAAUCAUCGUAGUCACACGACUAGCUCGUCCUAACAUAACUAAGCUAUGUUAUCGCCGUUCUGACCGCAACUUAACAACGAUCCAAGCAGGUUUCAAGUUCAUCGCGCUUCUCUCUGUAGUAGCAGCCUAUGUCUUCCCAUUCUUCACCAUCCCUCACACCAUGCACCCACUCAUUGGCUGGUCACUCUACUUGAUGGCUUCUUUUGCCCUCUCCUCCAUACCGAUCAACACUCUCCUCCUACCAACGCUACCUGUUCUCACUCCAUGGAUAGGCAUCCUCGGGACGCUCCUUGUCAUGGCCUUCCCUUGGUAUCCUGAUGGAGUGGUUAGAGCAUUGUCGGUUUUCGGAUACGCUUUCUGUUGCGCACCUUUUGUGUGGGUUGCCUUCCAAAAAAUCACGUCGCAUCUCCAGGUUUUGAUUGAGAAAGAGGUGUUGUUUCCACGACUGGGAGACUCAGGGAACACUUCUGGCUUCAGCAAAUUGUACUAGGAGUGCUUUAUCGGACGUAUAUUGGUUCUGUAUAUAAAGGAUUAUUAUUGUUUCAUUCACAUUUCAUUUACAUAUACUCAAACUAACCUUAUUGAUUUUACCUGGUUUAAUUAUCAAAUUUUCA